AAAAGAUCCGAAACUGUGAGCUCUGAAUGCGUUACCUUGAUGUAAAAUUUCAACUUUUCCGUUUCAACCAAACACAAACUAAUUUGAGCUCUGAAUGCUCCGGUUACCGAUUCAAUUUUAAACUAAAGUUCUUCUUGAUCAGCGUAAUCGAUUUGAAAGCUCUUAAGUAUGGGAAGCAGAGCUAAUCAUGUGGGAGGAAGAUGGAAUCAGAUGGGCUGUGAAGAAAAAUCGAGCGUAAUUCAGGAAGAGAUAGAAAGGGUUAGCAAACUUCCUUCAAACAGUGUUUAUGCAGUUCAUCGUCUCAAGGUUCUCAACAAAAUCAACGACCUUUUAUCUGUCCAAAGAACCUUGUCGCAAGAGAAGGAGUUAGAGCUGCUCUUCACACAGCUCUCUCUGUAGGAAAAAGAAGGCCAGAGCUUUUGUCUGGACAACGGUGCGUGUGCUAAGAAAUUGCCAUUUGUUGAAUCGUAAGUCUAUUUACUGAUGUAAUUGAAACUCAAUAUUGUUGGUUGAUUAAUGGCGUUUUACGAAUGUCAAUCUAAGCAACAAGCUAGUUCCUCAAAAUAUAACUCUUGGUGUUUAUGGGUUUUACUUGUAUGCAUUUACUUAUGACCUGUUAUGUGUGUGGCACUUAGUGCUGUCUUUGUUGUUUGACCAUUAAGAUCUGUUUCAGAUAAAGACGAUUUGCU